AUGGACUAUGAAAGGACACGCAAGAUCGUUUGGGUCAAGAGCAACACUCAACUGACUUACAGCUCGAAAUCUGGUGGUAAACGGAACCUAAUCGAAGACGAUAUCGAACCUAUUGACUCCCAACAUGACCCUUCACCCGCCCUCCCGGCUUCGUCCUCUCCAUCCACUUCCGAGCAACCCCCAGCGCACCUGCGAGCCCACCAACGAGCGAUAAUCGAUAACCAACCGCAAGAUCCACAAGAUCAAGGCGAUGACCCUCCAUUUCCUCCAUUCCGCGAGAUCGUCGAUGAGAUCUUCGACGACAUCCGUAAUGAUGAUAUCGAUUCUGGAGUAUUGGCAGAAGGGAGAGGAGGGUUUGGCUGUCGAGCAGGAGUGACCGUCGCUCGCUCGCACAUUCAACAAGAAGAUCUCGACUCGUCGAUCGACCCCGACAGCGAGCCCUUGGGCGACCUCGAAUUCGACCACGGCACAGGGGAAUCCUCGUCGUUCAGCCAAGACCCUCAUUCCUCCGAUCUCGAAGGAGGAUCUGUUCCAGGCCAUGGUUUGAACGGAGAGGUCAAGGGAGAUGGGGAUCCGACCACCCUGCGAAAUCGGGCAAGAGCAGGAGAGUGGGAGGAUCCAGAUAUCAUCAUCGAAGAACCCCGAACGCAGAACGAAGUGGCAAUCCCAGAUGUCCGCAGCCUCUAG